AAAUUACAGUGCUUCGCCGGUUGUUGGUCGUAUUUUUAUCGUUCCGUAUUUACGUGACAUUUAUCGCGAUUGUUAUGGUGGAAAGGACUCUACGUGUGAUAAAUUCUUUCGUAAAAUAUCGAGGUUUUUCGUGAUGUAUUAAAUAUAAUUCGUGCCGCGUGAAUUAAAUAAAUUCUUAUGAUAAUAUUUUCAUUACGCCUGUGAUAUUUUCAACGUUAUAUAAACGACGAAAGAAUGGCAGUUACUAUAGAUUCUGUUUUAUAUUUAUGUGUUGUCGCAGUUCUUUGGGGAGUCACUAAUCCAUUUAUGAAAAAAGGUGCGCAAGGUCUGGAGACUGUCAAAGCCACCUCUGUUUAUAAGCAAUUUAUCAAAGAGAUUGCAUUUCUCGUUACCAAUUUAAAAUAUCUCCUGCCAUUUUUGCUCAACCAGUGCGGCUCGGUGUUGUACUUUCUUACUCUGCAAAGCACCGACAUAUCUCUGGCUGUGCCAGUUUCAAAUUCCCUUACCUUUGUAUUCACUGCAAUGACAGGCUCAUUCCUUGGUGAAGAAAAAGUGCAUAAAAAUACUUAUUUGGGAAUGAUACUUAUCCUGUCUGGAACAACAUUGUGCUGCUGGGAUAAAUUGAAUAAAACUGUGGAAUCAUGACUUGUACAUUUAAGACAACAAUUAUGCAUCAUUAUCCUUCCUGUUCCAAUCCAUUCAUAAGCUCUGUCAAUUAAUUUACACCCAUCUUGUAUAAUGUGAGUACUACAAUGAUUAACACAUAUAUUAUUAUAUAUUUCAACAAACAAGAUAAAGCGAUAUCAUGCUUGAUUUCACAAAUAUCAUGGAAUAUAUAUUUAA